AUGGCUAAUCCAAAAUGUCGGUUCAUUUUUCUAUGUGAGCCCGCGAUACAAAAAACAACGCUGAGAUCGAACGAGCCGCUCAUUUGGAAAGGGACGGAAGAACGCGGCAACCGGUCUGCAACAGGCGGAGCGCGAAUACAACGGCGCCUAUUGGCCAGCGGCAAUCAUCGUCCGCCGCCUGCGUCAGACGGGCCUCCUCAUUGGUUGCACACAUACCCCUCCCGCACCACCCGCACCCCGAAACGCCGACCUUUCACGACUGCUGCUCCGAUUCGAUACGACCGAAAAUGCCUUAGUUACUUCAAGCGAGCAGUGUGGUGUAGACGUUUUCUCGGUCGAUUUCAGCAAAUGUUCUAA